CGCAAAGCGUCGGCCCCGUAGAGGAACGCGAGCCGAGUACGCAAGCUCGUGGGGGCGGAGAGCGGUGGGGCGAGAGGCGAGGGGCGACGGGGACGAGAUCGGAGUGGAGCGUCUCGGCGAGCGGCUGUCUCUGCUUAGGGCUCUAGCUCGCGAUUUUUUCCCGUUCCUCUCGUUGUCCGGGCGGUGGGCCAAUCGGAGUAAGUAGGUCAGCGCGCCCGGCCAAUCGGCGCUCGAGGCCGGGUCACGUGGCUUUGUUGUUAUCUAUCAGCUGUUUUUCCCGGACGGUCGGCCGGCCGGCGCGGCGCAGUGAAAGCCGCCUCGUAGUCGCGCUCUCCUCAGUCCUUCCCCGGUCGCUCAGCUGUGCGUCACAUGUCGGCCGGCGCGCGAGCUUCUGUCGCGUACCGACUACCGCCGCGCUACAACACCGCACGUACAACUUGAGACCGCCGCGCGGUCAGUCCGCCACUGUCUAACGUCGUGCGCGCGCGCGCGCGCGCGCGUGUGUGUGUACCCCCCCGCCCGUCCCCCCGCCCCGCGUGUACUACCAUCGUCGCGUAUACGGCGUGCAUCCGUAAUUCUGUAUUAUGCUGUCAGCCGCGUGCACGUCAGCGCAUCACCACGAAUCGAUCACGAAGUGCCUCGAGUAUGCGGACGGCGUGACGAACCCGGCCGACAGCGCACGCCGCUUUGUUGAUACGCUGAAUUCUGUGUUCAGGCCGCGGAGGCCGCCGCCGCCGCCGCCGCCGCCGUCGCCGCCGCCACCGCCGCCGCCACCUCCAUCCACCAGCGUCUGAGAAGCGGGUGAUUUCGCGCGACGACGACGACGACAUCAACAACAGGACGACGACCCCUGCGAAUUAAGCUCUGCCCGCCGGCCGUCUACGCCGGGCGGCAGGUACACAUAUACACACAACACACACACAUACACAUAUAUACACCCACACGGAUAUACACUGGUUUUUGCCGUGGUGACAUCAUCACGCACGGGAAAAGUGCGUGCGGAAAAGCAGGAUACGAUGACCUAAGGGACGUACGGGCGACAGCGCAGGCAGGUAGCAGCGGUGGAAGCGCGUCCGAGGAAAGAGAGAGAGAGAGAGAGGGAGGGAGGGAGGGAGAGAAAAAGCCAGCGCGCGACGUCACCGAAGGGUCAGUGCCGUUUUUGUUUCGACAGUGCGUGCCAAGUGAGUGAGAGCGCUACAUUAUUGAGUCAGUGUGCGCGCGCGCGCGCACGCGUGUGUCGGUGUGCGUUAUCGCGCUCGGAGUUUCCAACUUUUGUGUCGUGUGUUCACCGACGUGCCGCCGCCGCCGCCGCCGCCGCUGCCGCCGCCGCGUGACUCUGUAGAUCUCGGGUACCGUUCUCGAGCGCGUUACGGAUCGUCUCUUCAUCCCGCUCUCUUCCCCGUGUGUGUCCCCACGAACUACCGUACGCUGUCCGGAGAGCACGAGAGCGUGCGCGUCCGUCUCUCUCUCUCUUUCUCUCCUCUCUCUCUCUCUCUCGGGAUCACUCAUAGCGGAGUCUGACGAACGAACGAACGAACGAACGAACGAACGAACAAGAAGAAGAUCCGAGCGUACGAACGAGUGUCGCGAGUCUCGCGCGAUCGUCGCGAGUGGACGAAAAGACGUGAAUGAACGGAGUGGCGUAUCGUGCUAGCAGUUGGCGUCGUGUCGCGCGUCCGAGUGCCGCCUCGCAGCACGACGACAGCCGGGCGGCAGCCGGGUUUGCGCGUCGCGAGAGGACGAUCGCCGGCGCGGGCGUGCGAGCGCGAGCGGAGAGAAAGAUAGCCGCGGCAGCGGCGGCGGCAGGAUCCGCCGAGGAGCCGCGAGGACGACGACGCGCGUCGCCGAGUGAGGAGAUAUCGUCGCCUCCGCGGCGGAAGCUGCGAAUAAUGUCGACCGGCAAGAGGCUGGCGAAGCGCAGCAUCAUCGGCACCAGGGUGUGCGCGCCCGGCGACGACGGCAAGUACUACUGCGGCGUGAUCUACGCCGUGAAGACGUCGCAGCCAGCGGCGGCCGCUGCCGCCGCCGCCGUCGUCGUCGUCGCCGCCGGCGACUCCGCCGGUGGCCAGAGCGUCACGCCGAAGACGCUCUACUCGGUGCGCUUCGAUUCCGUGCCGGCCGGGCACCCGCCGAGCGCCGAGUACUCGGACCGUGACCUCAUCGGCCCGGGCUUCGGCACCGUCACCAGCACGCGACUUGUGCCCGGUCAGAAGGUCUACCUCACGUACAACGGCCGAGAGAUACACGCGGAGGUCACGCAGCAUCGCCAACAGCUCGACGAGGUGGACGUGGUCAUUGCCCCGAACGGACAGGAGGGUACGAUGAGCCUAACCAAACGCAUAGAGGAGAUCAGGUUGCUCGAAUCGCGCAAGAGCGCCCGGCUGGCCGAUCAGGACACUGAUUUCGCCCGACUCGCCGAUAUGGCUGGCGACCGUAAACGGGCGUCCUCCCAUUCCAUCGACGUGCCACACGUGAUGGGAUCCAGGAAGCGGCGACCGAGCACGUACAAUGAUUCCGAGCGGGCGAGCAGCGGCUGGAGCGAGAGGGUGAUGUACAGACGCCUCCGCGACACUGAUUUUAUGGACGACUGCACUGCCGCCCUGGUCCUUAUGUCGCUCUCGGGCUCGCCUCAGAGUCCUGAGAACCUGCCACCUCACUGCCACCAAUUGUACGACUACGGUUCAUGGGGAAGCAGCAUGGUCGCCGGUUCGCCGGGGGUCGGCGGCAUGUCAAACAGCAGCAGCAGCAGCGGCGCUUCCUGGCGGAGCGGCACCCCCAGCCCGCCCCUCUUCGAGGAGGGCGUCCCGUCGAGGAACUCCCCGUGCCCGGCGACGGCGCAUCCGUCGCACAAUCAAGCGCACUACGCGUACAACGCGUCCGGCACACCGGGCAGCACCCCCGGCGGCACCCCGAUCAUCACCCUGGACGAGGGGAUCGUGCCCGAUUACAUCGAGGAGCAGCACCCACGUAAGAAGAUCCGAGCGAAAGUCAGGCAGCAGGAGCCGAUCGAGAACGGGCCGAGCGGUGCUUGGGACAGCGAGCAGGCGAACCCGGCAGUGGUCUACAAGUGCACUUGGCCGGGCUGUCUGGAAAUCAAAGCGACCGUGCCGCUUAUCGAGGAACAUGUGCGCCAGUCACAUCUGGGGCCGAAAAAGUUCGAGGGGCCGGACAGUGAGAAGGAUUACAUGCGCGUCCCCGAGGAGGAGUUUUACUACCAGGAGGUCGGCGUGGAUCAUAUGAGCUCACCACCCACAAUGUCUCACCGGGACAUGGCGAGGCCGCCGCACGAGGACCCGGAGUACCAGAAGCAGCUUCGUCUCGAGGCGACUCCUGCCACGAACAACAGCCCCGACAACGCGAUGGUCGGCGCCAGAGAGCCCAACAACGCGAUCUCGCAGUCGCCGGGCACGCCCGUCAAGCACAUCAAACUGUCGCCACGGCCGCUGCAGGCGUGUCACCAGCAGAACAUGUCCGGCUCCACGGGCAAGAUGCCGUCCUCACCGCGGCGAACUCGCAACGACGUGAAGAAGUGCCGCAAGGUCUACGGGAUGAAUUCGCGCGACCUCUGGUGCACUCAGUGCAGGUGGAAGAAGGCCUGCACCCGUUUCUGCAGCGAAUAGGCCAAACGUCCGCCUCGCUCGUACCAUGUCCGUAAGAGGCGGACACCCAUGCCACGCCGACCCCAGAGUUCGUCAGUGCUACGUUGAGAUGUCACACCAACUGCCAAAUGCCAAUAAUCGUCGGUGCAAACGGCGCCGAGAGCAACGGCGGCAAGCGCGCAUGAGGGCGCGAAACCGCCGGUCGUAGCGCCCCAGGACUGUCCUAUAUACAUUGUCCACACUACUGUCUCUCGUAACUCUCGUCGUAAGCCAACGAGCGAGCGAGCAAGCGAGCGAGCGAGCGAGCGAGCGAGCGAGCGAGCACAAGAUGUAACAAGCACCUCUUCCUCCUCCUUCCCGCGUUUCCCGUCGUCGCGCGGCUAUCCUGAAGAAGCAGCUGAACGAUAGAGACACCAGAGUCCCGGAAGGAGACUCGGUCCAUCCGCUGCUGAUCCGCCGCGGACGGUCCUAAAAAAGGCCGACUGGCACUUGUGCAUCGAUGAGACUACUAGCUUCUCGGUCUACAAGUAGACAAGGACAGACCGACGAUGGUGAGGGGGAGAUUGAACAACGGGAGGAGGAGGUUCCAUCCGAACGCACGACUUCCGCCUGUUGGCUCGUGCGGUGCCUGGCGAAUUCCGACCGGGUUCCUUUUAGCCGUAUAACGACGGAUCCUUCGAUUAGUAGAUAGCGAAUAAUUGACGCGCGCUCGUGCGCGUGCGCCGAGCGAGGCGAGCGCGUCACCGAGCGCGUCGCGACGUUCUCCGCGUCGUUCUCGGGAGAACGCGAGACGCCGCGAGGCAGCGACAGCCUCGCUCGCGACCCGCCCGACAACCGAAGUACCUUCGGGUUCGGUACGCUAAACUAGAUACACGCUCGCGCAGAUGCGAGCAUGCAUGUCCUACGAAGUGCUGGUUCCCGAACCGUCUCUUAGGUCACUGUAACAGGUCUUCCUUCUUCCGGUAUAGAGCGCGCGAGUCUGACGCGCUCUCGGUAAACGACUAAACCGGAGGGCGUUAUCCAUCCUCGAGGACGUCGUCUGAUCCCCGGGGAUCACGUGCGAUCGAAUCUAAACGGGCGUAAGGAAGACCGGCGAAUCGAGUUCGCUCUAGCCGAUGUUCAUGCCGAGAUACGAACGCAGGUAGGCAUGUGAAGAAGAGCCGCGCGAAAAACAGAGCUAUUAAUUGUGAUAUUGUAUCUAAAUUUAACAGAACCCCUCGCUGGGUCGAGUAAGGAUAGAUAAGGACAAAGAUGUGUAGGUGGCAUGAACAGGUGGGGAGGGGGAAGGAAGUAGGAGAAGACGAGGAAUGAGAAAACGGAGGGAGAGAGAGAGAGAGAGAGAGAGAGAGAGAGAGAGAGAGAGAAAGAGAGCAGCAGAGAGAAAGAGAAAAAAGGAAAAUGAAAAGAUACCAAAAUUUUAUACACCAAUUAUACUGCCAGAUAAAGUAA